AUGUUAUUAUGUAAUCAUCAUGUCCUAGACAUUUUGUUUUUAUUUUUAACACUGCUUUGUGUAAACGGGGAGAUUCAGCAAACUCAUUUCAAAUUUUAUGGAGAAGUUUUCAAAAAUGAAGGCUCUCAUGUGAUAGGUCAGUAUUCUACAAUUUCUAAAAGUCGUUGUGCUGCCUCAUGUCGGGAAAAUGAUAGAUGUCAGGCAUUUGAGAUGUGUACAGAUGAUCCCCCAGAAUGUCGACUUACAACCGGGGAGACUCCAAUACAAGCUCACAAUUCUUCUCAUCCAAGAUGUCAGUUAUUUUACAUGGUAAACAACUGUGAAACCGGGCAUUGGGAUAGAGUCCAGGAAAAAUGUGUUCAAAAUAAUACUAAUGCCAUCCCUACAAAUAACUGCGUUGACUGUCACUGUUUGUUGGGGCUAUUGUCCAUGCUUCUGGGUGGAGAAACUACAUAUACUCUGUCUAGCGGAAAAACUCUUCUCUGCGAUUUAGAGUUAGGGUUAUUGACGACAUACAAAUGGACGAUAAUCCAGAGACAUCAAAUAGGCGGAUCCGUUGAUUUUGAUAAGGACUGGAAUGAAUACAAACAUGGAUUCGGAUCAGUGACGUCAGAUUUCUGGAUAGGAAAUGACGUCAUACAUCAUCUAACAAACAACGGAAACACUCUUCUGCAGAUUAAGAUGAUCAAGACAAAUGGUUAUUCACUGAACGUUGAGUACUCAUUCUCUAUUGAUUCAGAGUCAAACAACUACAUGCUCCAAGUUUCUAAUUUUCAAGGCAGUUUUGGGAUAGGGGACCCAUUUACACCAGUCUGUCUAGAAUGCGCGAACGGGAUGAAAUUCACAACAAAAGAUAGGGACAACGAUAAUAACGGAACCGGAAACUGCGCAGAAGUAAGCAAAGGCGGUUGGUGGCAUAACUCUUGUCAAAAGUCAAACCUGAAUGGACGAUUUGGUGAAUCUGACUAUCGGCUCGGCGUAAAUUGGGAUACCAUCACUAACCUUCGUUAUGUCGAAAUGAGGGUUAGGAAUCCUUGACCUGGCAGACAUUUUAGAAAUACUAUUUUUGAGAUCGCAAGAUGUUAACGAUUUGAACUUCUACUACUUUAUACUAUUUUAUAUAUUAUCAUAUUGACGCUUUCGUAACAGAUCAGCUACAGUGUACUGUUUAAAGCAAUGUUCCUGUCAAAAUGGUCUGUGUAUGGUAAAGUUUUUCUUAGUCGUGUCUGUUCACAGUAAAAAUUCAAGGAAUGCAAAAUUUGCGGUAGUGAGUACACGUGUAAAAUAUGUAUAAACUUUAUGAGUCACAUCUCUUUUGCCAUGCCCGUUUUGUGCGACAUUUGUUA